AUGUACAGAAGCUGGAACAACGAAAGCGACGAGGCCAACACCAGCACGUCUUCUGUCCCUCCUUUUGGAGCUACCAACUUCGCAGCUUUCUCGCCUCAAGCAUCUGAGAAUAAUGGCAAUUUACCAGAUCUGUCGCAGACUGACAAGACUGACAAUGACGAGGUCACCGAGCUGAUUGUGUCUGAUUACAGCUCUCCUGUACACGACACCAUGGCCGCAGAUACCGUUCCCACGACAUCCUCGACAGCCACUUCAUCUAACGACAAAAUGGAUAUUGUUGGUUCACCGGAUACCACCCAAGAGCCAGCUCUUGUGACGAUCCGACGGGAGUCUGUGAACAUCACCCGCUACAAUGGCGUUGUAAUCGAGCAGUCAAUUGAGAGCCAAACAUUUGUCAUGACCGAGCAGGCAGGCGAAUCAAGCGAUUCUCGAAUUGAGGAGAUCAUUGAAUCUACUUCCGAGGACCUACCCAAUAUGGCAACUCCACCGCAAACGGCAAUUCGGCCUGACCUUUUUGCACCCGUCGUUCGAGCUCCUGCUUCAGUCGGUCCCAAGCUCGAGGCUACUAAUACCCCCAAGCAACUUCCAGUUCGAAUGCCCGGCGCUAACAUGCCUUGGGCAACUGCACCUAUAAUUCUUCCCAACCCACAGAUUCUGCGACCACUAUCAGAGAACGGAGAAAUUCUACCCCGCAAGGCUGUUGUGGUUAGAAAGCCUCACGGAGUCCGACAAGUAGCUCCUGCUGCUGAAUCACAAAAAAAGGAAGAACAUGCUAGUCAGCCCGAACACAGCCAGUCGCGCUACGUAUCCGAUUCGGUGCACGUGGACGAUAUACAGGAUCAAGAAGACGCGAUCAUCACAUCAAAUGUUGAGUCUGACGCGCCAUUGGACUCAUCACGGCCCACUGAGCUGAAAAAACCGGAACGCAAAGUGCAGGAGACUGAGAAGGAAGCUGCACAGGAGCCCGUAGCAGCUGAACAGCCUACCAAAUCAGAAGUUCCAGAACAGCCUACUACAUCAGAGACCCCAGAACAGACCAUGGGCCAAAAGGCAAGCACAAUGGAAGAUCAGGAGGAGAACAAACAGGAAGCGGUGAGUGCCAAAAAGUUUCCCGCCACUGUUAAGGAGGCUGAAGCAGCUGUUGCUGCGAGUCUGAGAGCUGAACGAGCCAAGACGAUCGCAAAAGCAAUGACGGAGGCAAGGCCUAAGGCCGAAGACGAGGCUGAGCAGUCUAGGAAGGGAAAGGUGGCCGCUGAGAAGACCAAAGCGGAGGAAAAAUCUGCUCUGGACAAGAGACAUAAGAGGGAAGAGGAAGAACGAGCAGCUGGAAAGAAGCGUACACAGGAGGGACAGGCGGCGCGAGACAAGCGAGUAGCAAAGACCAAGGCUAUUGCUCGAGAGAGGCGCGCUCAACCAAAAGAGAAACGGGCUCGCGACAAGGAAACUGAGGAACGACGGGCCGAGGAGAGACUGGCUCGUGAGAAAAACGCCAAGGAGAAACGCAUGAAGGAAGAGCAAAAAGCUGCUGCUAAGAAUCAGCCUGAGGCAGUGAUUUUGAUUGAUGACAGCGACGACGACGAAGCGGAGGAGCAAGAGGUCCAGGAGGAAGAAGAGGAUACUCUGGUUGAGCCUCAGGAAGGUAUGGAAGUGGACGGAGACGCAAACGAGGACAGAGACGUGGGGCAAGGCGAAGUGAGAGAACAGACAGAGAUUGAGCUCGAUGAGAAUGGUAUUCCUACUGAUCCCAAAUAUGGAGUUGAUUUCACAGAGCUGCUACAUACCGAGGCAUACAAACGCAACAUGGAGGCUCAUAGGCGGUGGUCGAAGUCAGGGAUUUCUCUAAAUGUGUUUCUGAUUCGGCGAAAGAAGGAAAAACAGCAAAGGCAGAAAAAAAAGGGAAGAGAGGAAACGGAGAAUGAAGAGGAUGAGGACAAACAUCUACCUGCCGAAAACUACUGUGACUUUUCGGAACUGGUCAAGACGAAGCGUUACAGAAAGAACAUGGAGGAGGAGGGCUACGUUUUGAAUGACGACAACGAGAUCAUCAAGAGAAGAACAAGAGGCCGCUCCGAUGGCAAGACCAAAAAACCCAAGACCAGCCCUGACGCCGGCUACGAUAAGACCCUUGCCGCUGAACAGGCGAAGAAGGAGGCGAAGGCAGCUGUGACAAAACGAAACAGACUCACUCGUGCACAGGCACGAGCUCAAAGGAAAGAAAUGGUCUCAAACGAUGGAGCCAGUACCUCCACAGCUGCUGUCCGUCCUCGUGCCAAUGCCAAGCGUAAACCAGUAGCUGAGAAACAACAUUUCAGUUCUUCUGAAGAGGAUGCGUUGCUAUCCAUGUCUGAGGAAUUCCCUGCUAUUAUUCCCAAUAAAGGUGGAGAUGAAGACCUGAAACAGAUCAAGAGAACCAAGAUUGAUGAUCCUGAAUGUCUUUCUGGAGAGAAACAUGACAAUGCCAAAGGCAAGUCUGUUGAUUAUAGCUAA